CUAAUUUACGAAAUUAAUCAAAUCGCAACGAGUUUCUCUGCGUAACGAUUGAUUCAUCGGUGUAUAAAAUGCGUUGCCAGGAGGUAAGAUCAUGGACAUUUAAAGGUUUAGUGGCUGUGUUUCUUGAUCUUUCUGUUGCGUUUUCGCUGCUUUGCGCAUCGUUUCUCGUUUAUGUAACAUCGAAGUUCCUCGGUUUAUUUGGUUUAGACCUUCCAUGUCCUUGUGAUGGUCUAUUCAGUGAGCCACAUAAGUGUUUUCAAGAGAGUUUAGGGAAUGUUCCGGUUAAAAAGAUCAAUUCUGUUCAGAGAUCUGUGAGAAAUAGAACGCCUUUUGAUUCGAUUUUAUAUAAAGAAGUUAAUGGUGGAAAGAAGAGGAAAGGAGAGCGUAAGCGCGUUGAGUUGGAAGAAGAGGUGUCUAGUACUCCUUCUGUUGGAAAUGUUGAGAAUAAGGCUUCAGGUUUUGAUCUUUUAACAGCGCAAAGUUUGAAAAAAGGAAGCUUUAAAGUUAAGAGUAAGCGGCUCAGCUUCCAUAGGUCGCCGUAUGGUUUCAAGAACCAUUUUCAAGGUAAUUUAGGACAUAAGAACUUUGAGGGAUCAAAUGAGAGCGUUAUGGAAUAUUUGAAAGAUGUUGAUGAAAAUGAUCCUCUUCUUGUGAACUCCAAAGGUAGUGGAACAACCUUGGAGGAUGUGUCCUUGCGGAAAAGUGUUUCACUAAGUUCUGUUGGGUGUGAAUCUGGUGCUCAGAACAAACAACCCGAACGGACUUUUUCUUGGGCGGGAGAGGGUACAUGUAGUUCCCCUGUGGAUUUAACUUAUAGUGGUAUGACACAAAAGACGAUUGAGAUUCUAGAACAAGUGCUUGCGGAAGAACGAGCUGCUCGUGCUUCAUUAGCUCUUGAACUCGAGAAAGAGAGAAAUGCUGCUGCAUCUGCUGCGGAUGAGGCUUUGGGUAUGAUAUUGCGGUUACAAGAGGAGAAAGCGUCGAUAGAGAUGGAAGCUAGGCAAUAUCAGCGGAUGAUAGAAGAAAAGUCUGCUUUUGAUGCGGAAGAGAUGAGUAUUCUCAAAGAAAUUUUGCUUAGGAGAGAGAGGGAGAAACAUUUUCUAGAGAAGGAAGUUGACACCUAUAGGCAAAUGUUUCUUGUGACUGAGCAACCUCACAAUACGCCAGAUUCAAAACCAGCUCAAAUCGAAAGAUUGCAAACGCCAAAAGAAAUUACUGAACCAUGGGAUGACAUGGAGACUGCGGAUGUCUCUUCUGGAUUUGAGAUCUUCACUAGUCAGAUGGACAGUCGUUUACUUGCACAUGGAAACAAAUCAGUGCUUCCUGAAGAUUAUGAUGAGGUUGAUAAUGAUGACAAAAUCAAGGUGAAUGGAGUAGAGCAAAAUCCUGAGCGUGAUCAGUCAAGAAGUGAGCCAUUUGAUCUGCAUCACGAGAAAGUCAAGCUCCUGAGUGAUGUAGAACUGAAAGAAAGAGAGGAAGGUGGCACUUCAUUUCCAAAACUAAUAUCAAGAACUAGCGACAUCGCUGUUUCUAAGAAUGUCGGUGAGGUCUCCCACGACAUUGAUUGCCAUGUGCAUGACAUCCAUGUAGUGACCGAUGAAGAUAACAAAGCGCAACUGAAUGUUCCUUUUGACCAUGCCACUAGGGAUCUGAAACUGGACAGAUCACAAAGUGUUUCAGAUACAAGUUAUGUACUUCCACCGGGGAAAAGUAACAUGUCUCCCAAUAUGCGCAGAAAUUCAAUGUCAGCUAUUGACUAUGAAAGACUGAAAAUAGAGAGUGAAGUUGGGUUGCUGAGAGGACGGUUAAGAGCUGUACAAAAGGGAAGAGAGAAGAUCAGUUUCUCUUCCAAAGAACAGAGCAAAUUGCAGGUGCAGCGUCGUGGAGAUAAAACAAGCCGGUUUUGGGAGGCCAGAAGAUCCGGACUUCUCGAUUCUUCUAGCCCUUCAUCCACUAUGGUCAAGGCGAUGUCUAUGACACUGGACCUGCAUAGUGCUUGAACUGGAAGGUAUGUAUCUACUCGAAUAACACGACACAAACAUACACCUAGUGAGCAAUUGUAGUUUGUAACAAUCUCUGUCAAAACUCUAAUGUUGGUUUUUUGCUGGAGAAGUGGAGUGUAUGAGAUUUAUUUUCUUGUGUUUUGUCACACACAUGUACCCUAAACGGCGUCGUUUGGAUAUAAAACUUUCUCUUUCCAAAUAAGUGAUACUUGUCUUU